AUGACUAAUCUACCCCUGGUGGAAAUUUAUUCGCAUGUACUAAUCAUACUAACCCUAUCUUGAUUAUACCGUGGUCCCGAGAAGUCUAAAAUUAUAUAUAAAAAGCGACACUACCUGCAACCAACAACAUUUUUCAUUUUCAUCUCCAACCUCUCUGUUACACUACUGCUCUCUGAUGCUCUCCGAAAUAUCAGAUUAAAUUUUUCCUCUGCUUUCGAUUUUUUUUGUAUUCGAGAUGGAGAGCACGGACUCGUCGACGGCGUCGCGGAAGCAGCAGCCUCAGCUGCCGCCAGGGUUUCGCUUCCACCCCACGGAUGAAGAGCUGGUGGUUCACUAUCUCAAAAAUAAAGUUGACGCGGCUCCUCUUCCCGCGGCGAUCAUAGCUGAAAUCGACCUCUACAAAUUUGAUCCUUGGGAACUCCCUGCUAAGGCAUGUUUUGGUGAACAAGAGUGGUACUUCUUUACCCCGAGAGAUAGGAAGUACCCAAACGGAGCGAGGCCGAACCGGGCCGCGACGUCAGGAUACUGGAAGGCCACCGGAACUGAUAAGCCAGUGUUGAGCGGCACUGGAAGUCAGAAAGUAGGGGUUAAAAAGGCACUGGUGUUUUAUGGUGGAAAGCCGCCGAAAGGGAUCAAAACUAACUGGGUCAUGCAUGAGUAUAGACUGAUUCCGGAUGAUCGUAACAAGUACAAGCCUGCUGCUGAUCAUUCUGAUAUUUUAGCCAAUAAGAAGGGAUCCUCGAGGCUCGAUGAUUGGGUCCUGUGUAGAAUCUACAAGAAGAAGAUGAAUCCGCAGAGGCCAAUUCUGGAUCACGAGAGCUGUGAAUCUCUGAAUGAGCUGAUGCUACCAUCAUUCGGGCAGUUACAGAGUCCUAACAAACUCCCAUCAUUAGGGCUUAAAGCCUCCACCACAUCCAACACUUACGGUUCAUUUCUCGAAAAUGACCAAACUAUGUUCGAAGGGAUGGUACCAGACCAUAAUACUCAUAUUCAAAACUCUCCCAUGAACAAUUCGCUCUCUUCCUUUCCUUCAAGCGCCGCGAAUCUCCUCUCCUUAAAACCUAGCUUCCUGGGUUCAAAUUUGUACUGGAACAGCCAAGAGGGCAUGACGAAUACAGAUGGUGGAGGUACUAAUUGUUCUUCGAGCUCGGGCAAGAGAUUUGUUACGGAGAGGGGAGAUCACGAAAAUGUGUCGUUUCCAAGUUUGUUGAUUCAGUUUCCGCAAAACUCUCAGGCUUCAAUGCAGCAGGCUUCAACGCUGGGAGGGAAUAUUGGUGAUCAACAAGGUGUUGUUAGACAACAUGAGCCACAAAGUAUGAUGAAUUGGUACUCUCAGAUAUAAAUAUCCAUGCUAUAUAUAUAGCUUAUUAGCGAGUAUACAUAUAUAUAUAUAGUAACUAUAAUUUGUAUGAUAAUUAGAAGCAAGUAUAUAUAUAUGAUACACUAUUUAUAAUUUGUAAUUGUGCGGCAUACUGAGAUUUCUGUACGUAGCAUUACAAGGAAUUCGACGAUGAUAUUGCCGUGGAAAACUGAUGUUGCAUAUCUACUUUGUUAGUGUUUGAAUGUAUUAGAAGGGAAGGGUUUUGAAAAUUUUAAUACAAAAAUU